AUGGUGGAAUUGCUGCUUGAGAAUGGUGUAAACCCACAUCUGCAAUGCAAAUGUCCUGAUGACGAUGGGGUUUUUCACUAUCGUAGCUCAAUAUGGUGCACCAUUACGUUCCGGAACUGGAAAAUACUCAACCUUCUCAUUUCAGAGGGUGUUUAUCCACACCCGGCUGACCUCGCCCUUGCCAUUGAGCGUGAUGAGAAGCAGGCUAUUGCUCUACUAUCCCAAUCUGCUUAUGAGAAUGUACCGGCUAAGAUCACUCUACCUGACUUUAUCAAGCAUAUGGAAGAUGAAAGAGUAAAGACAGACCCUAAUUUUGUGCCAAAGGACUGGUCGCCUAGAGUCUCUUAA